AUACAACUCACCUGGACAGACAGAACCACGCCCCAGAGCAGAUACAACUCACCUGAGACAGACAGAACCACGCCCCAGAGCAGACACAACUCACCUGGACAGACAGAACCACGCCCCAGAGCAGAUACAACUCACCUGGACAGACAGAACCACGCCCCAGAGCAGAUACAACUCACCUGGACAGACAGAACCACGCCCCAGAGCAGACACAACUCACCUGGACAGACAGAACCACGCCCCAGAGCAGAUACAACUCACCUGGACAGACAGAACCACGCCCCAGAGCAGAUACAACUCACCUGGACAGACAGAACCACGCCCCAGAGCAGAUACAACUCACCUGCAGGACAGACAGAACCACGCCCCAGAGCAGAUACAACUCACCUGCAGGACAGACAGAACCACGCCCCAGAGCAGACACAGCUCACCUGGACAGAAGACCCAGCUCACCUGGACAGAAGACCCAACUCACCUGGACAGAAGACCCAGCCCACCUGCAGUCCUGAAGGUAUCCCAGAGUUCCACCAGCUGUUACUAUAGUAACCACCAGCCAUGGGGAAGCAGAACAGCAAACUCCGCCCGGAGGUGAUGCAGGAUCUGCUGGAGAGCACGGACUUCACAGAGCACGAGAUCCAGGAGUGGUAUAAGGGCUUCCUGAGAGACUGCCCCAGCGGGAACCUCUCCAUGGAAGAGUUUAAGAAGAUCUACGGUAACUUCUUCCCUUACGGAGACGCCUCCAAGUUCGCGGAGCACGUCUUCCGCACCUUCGACGCCAACGGGGACGGGACGAUAGACUUCCGGGAGUUCAUCAUCGCUCUGAGCGUCACGUCGCGGGGCAAACUGGAGCAGAAAUUAAAGUGGGCCUUCAGCAUGUACGACCUGGACGGGAAUGGAUAUAUCAGCAAGUCUGAGAUGCUGGAGAUCGUACAGGCGAUCUAUAAGAUGGUGUCGUCUGUGAUGAAGAUGCCAGAAGAUGAGUCUACUCCAGAGAAGAGAACAGAGAAGAUCUUCAAACAGAUGGACACCAACAGAGACGGUAAACUGUCUCUGGAAGAGUUCAUUAAAGGAGCUAAAAGUGACCCCUCCAUCGUACGUCUGUUACAGUGUGAUCCCAGCAGCGCUGGACAGUUCUAAACCGAUCCUACCUUGGGGGUCAAGACAAUUUUGGGUGAAUCCAAAUAGCCCCUCCCCCCUCCACCUUUGGAGCAAACUGAUGAAGAAGACAAGCCACGCCUUCAAAUGAUGACACUGAAGACAACGGGCCAAUGAGAGCCAGCCAUGUUCUCCUGACUCCUCCUCUGACCACUCCCAGCAGCAACGUGACAUCAUCCCCAGGCUCUCAUGAUGUCAUCCAGUCCACUCGCCAUGUAUUUGAUAAGUCCUAGGGGCCCGCGUCCCAAAUCACACCCCUAUUCUCUGUAUUAAGCAGUACUUUUAAGCCCUGUAGGCCCUGGUCUGCAGUAGUGCACUACAUAGGGAAUAGGAUGCUGUUUUAAAACUGUAAACUGGGCUCUCUGUUUGGUUGGUUGUCGGUGUUCUCAACGCUCCGUACUGGACACACCCACUGCCCUCAACUAGGUCCUCCUAGUUCUGGUGUCUAUCGUAAACAGUUUGAGAGAGAGGGAAUGAGAGAGAGAGAGAGAGAGAGAGAGAGAGAGAGAGGUGAAUGAGAGAGAGAGAGAGA